CUUUUCUUUUCUUUUUUCUUUCUAGAUGAGUAUAGAGAGCACUCUUGUCAAGAAUAUGUACACUAUAAAAGAACAUUCAAGUCAACCAGAGGGCAUAUUUUGUAAGAUAGCACAUCACUCGUCAAGUACUCAUAGUGUUUUGUUUUAUAGUAGAGAAUGAACCUCUUACUGAAUCUAUUCCAGAAACAUUAUAUGAAAACAAAGGUAUGAAGUACGUUUACUAACCACGGCUAAUUUAUAAAAGAAUAGAUUUAAUAAAUAUAUUUGAGCAGCAUACAAAAGAAAUUGAGCAAGAGCAUGUUACAGAAAGUCUAGAUGAGAAAUCGGGAAAACAUAAAAAGAGAUUCUUUGAAAGAAUGAGGCUACAUAAAAACAAAACAACAGAAGGACAUGUUACUGAAGAAGAAGAGGACGAGGAAGACGAUGACGAUGAUGAAGAAGUAGACGAGGAAAGCUCUUGCUCGAUCACUUCUUUUGAAGAAGCCAUUGUACCUCAAAUAAGCAUCUCAACUCCAAAUUUAGUUCCCAACAUUCAACUGAAUGCAAAGCAUAUCAAAACCAAAAAAAAGCAAAAAAAUAGAGAUUUUUCUCGAUUAGUUUUGGCUCAAACCAUUGCUACUUGCUCCAGCACAGAGACAAAUCAUCGGUCAAUGUCAUCUGAUUCAAUGGCUGAGCCAAGUCCAAAUCAUCCAUACGGUGCUAUUUGGGCAUUAAGAUUCAGUAAAGAUGGACGCAACUUGGCUUCAGCAGGCCAGAGUUGUGUUAUUCAUUUAUGGAAAUUAUAUGAUCAAGUAGAUGAAAAUCUUGAAUGCUCUACCAUCAAAGUCUUGGAUGAAGCCCAUCAUAUGGAAUAUGCAGGACACAAGGCAGAUAUUCUUGAACUUGCAUGGUCAAAGAACAAUUUUCUGCUGUCUGGUUCUAUGGACCAUACUGUAAGAUUAUGGCAUUCGACUCAAAAAGACUGCUUGUGUGUAUUUCAACAUCCCAACGUUGUUACUUCAGUUGAGUUUCAUCCCAAGGAUGAUCGAUUUUUUGUGUCGGGUUGCAUGGAUAGCCGUAUCAGAAUAUGGAGUAUACCUGAAAAGAGAGUAGCAUUUUGGAAUGAAGUACCCGGAAACAAAUGCAUUACAGCUGUAGCAUUUACACUAGAUGGCAAGACAGUGAUUGCUGGUACAAGCGAUGGUCAUUGCUACUUUUACGAUACGCAAAGUCUAAAAUACAUUACUCAAAUCUCCAUCGCUUCCAAGAAGGGCCCCAAAAUUACAGGUAUAGAAAUCAUGCCUGCUAUGUCUUCUGGAGAAGAAAAAAUUCUGGUGACAAGUAAUGAUUCAAAAGUACGAUUGUACAACAUGAAAGACAAGAGUUUGAUGCUCAAGUACAAGGGAGCAGAGAAUAAUUCAUUGCAAAUCAAAGCAACAUUUAGUGACGAUGGACGGUAUAUUAUUAGUGGCUCAGAGAAUUGCCAUGCAUAUAUUUGGCGUACAGAACAAUCAGAGGGAUCAUCACCACUACACCAGCUUCAAGACGCAAGAAAUAAAGCUAUUUCUGCACUAGGCCAUGUAGACGAGGCUACAUUAAGCUUUCGUGGUUUUGAAAGUCAUUCACCCACUCACCAACAAAAGAAUGGCAUUUCAAAAUGGCUAAAAAGAAAAGAAAACACCACGAAUGAUAAAACACGUAGUCAGCCUGAAUUCUUUGAAGCACAUGAUUAUAUUGUAACAACUGCUAUCUUUGCUCCUACAAAAACCAGACAAUAUAUUGCUAAAUCAAAGCAAGACAUCAUAUACAAUCAAUUAAGCCUUCGAAGACUCUCAACAACAAGCAGUAGCAGCCAAACGUCUAAUACUGAAGAAAAUGCUGAAGGUCAUAUUCUUGUUACUGCUGAUUUUAGAGGCUUGAUAAAAGUUUGGCGUAUAGACCCAAGCUAUUCAACCGAUACCCAACCUUUGGACAACACAAGCCCUUCUUCAACUCGGUCUGCCGUGACUACACCUUCACCUAGAAGAAGAAAUUUAGGAUUGUUCACUCAUUCACGUUACCCAAAACAAUAAAGAUUCCAUUUCAUAGCAAAACAAAACCGCAUGUUUUAGUUUUAUAACGAGGUAGAUAUUGUCUUGAUUGUCUCAAGUAUUUGUGUCAUUAUAAAUUAUUUGAACGACACAAUAUGGCUCUCUCUCCCUCCUUUACAAUGUUGUGGCAAUAUUAUUUUUUUUUUAAAAAAAAAAGACUUUGCAUAACAGUGAGAUUAUAAUUUCA